AUGGUCUCGCAGUGUCCUUCCAUCAGCGCAGCUACGUACGCGCCUGCCGCUCCGCAGCGCUACUCCGCUCCUGGGGCGGCAGCGGGCGACGCGCUUUUUGCUCCCACGAAGAGCAAUGAAAAACCAGUUGAGUGGCAAAGGAUGUUCGACUGGCUGGUGGGGCCUGACACUGAGCAACCGAACACGGAAACCGUUGGCGGCUGCGGCUUCGAGUUCAUGGGCUGGGCGAUCAACUUCUUCCGCCACCGCCGCGAGAUCCGCGCGCCCCCUCCGCAGCUGCAGGCGCCGUCGGUUGUCUUCCCGUAUUCCGAAUCCCUCUACGUCCCCAGCAAACGCUCGGGUUUGAUUCCUUGCCUGGAUGACCCCGGCACCGGCUCGCUUGCCUCGCCGCCGCUGGUGGCUGUCCAGCGCGUCGUGCCCAUGCAGUCGACCUACUGCCCGGGCUGUGCGCAGUGCCCUUUGCGUGAGAGGCACUUCCAGCAGGCGGCGGCGCCUGGCGCGUACUACUGGCUGCCGGCGGCGGAGGGCUCGAGGCACGCCUACUAUACAGCUUCCGCCCCGGGCCUGGAGACUCAGACGACUUGCGCCGCGGCGCCCUGGGGGGCCGGCUACGGCAUGCGCGAGGAGACUGGCGCAUCGUCUCUGCCAGAGCCUGCCCGCGAGCCCUCGCAGACCUUGGAGCGCGCGCCCUCGAGCGGCUCCACCGCCUCCGGCGAGGGGGAAGAGAUCAUCUUCCCCUUUGCGCGAGAAGGCACCUUCCCCUACGUCCGGUAG